UGCAGCAGCAGAGGGGUGGUGGACGUGCUCGUCUUUGUGUGAAUCAGGAUACAGACUCUGGGAAAAGAGAGAAUUUCCUCUUCCUCCAUCUCUGUUCUCUUCCUCUUUUCUUCUUCUUCUGGUUUUUCCACUUGAGCGACGGAGGAGAAGAAGCCGACUAUUUUUGGCGCCAUUUUCUCCCUCCUCUCUGAAUCGUACGACAGAAACACGCUCCUCCUCCUCCUCUUCCUCGUAUGUUUGUGUUUUUCCUAUUUUUCUGUGGCUUUGAUGCGAUGAAGAGCAGGUGGAGGAUUAACAGACUCUGAUUCCUGGUUGAAUCUCUGAAUCUGAGAAACUCGGCUUCGGUUGGACCCACGUGGCAAAAGCAGAGAGACACGGACGCACAAAGACCCAGUCGGUCGGUCCCCCGGGUUUAGCUUGGCUGAACGUUUCUUCAUCCGAGGGAAGAAAGAACCUUGGUACUGCUUUAUCCUGAGGACCUGAAUCCUCCCGGUACGAGGACGACCCGAGGCGAGACGAUGCUCUGGUCCCCCAGACUCUCGCUGUCCAACUUCCAUGUGAAGCUGACAGCUAAAGGACUUUUCCGAAACCUGCAGCUUCUGCCAGGAUGCAGGAAAAACACCGUGGUGUUCCACGCAGUCUGGGCUCAGCAGCUCUGCCUUUCAGCCAGAGAGGCUCCAGUGGACAAAAACAAGCCGCGGGAGGCGCCGACGAGACCCGCGAGCGGUGGCUCCCAGAUCACCACUGGGCACCAGCAGAACCUCCCCGCUGAGCCGGUUCCAGAUGUUCUGAACGGCAACAGCCCAGUAACACCAGCCCUCCCAGUCCCAUCUCCUGAUGGCUCCAGCGCCACAUCUGGGUCCGCUGCACCCACCGGUCCGGGGCUCAAAGCCAGAACCGGGUCACGGUCCAGCCCUAAACACGGGCCCCGGCCGCAGCACGCAUCCCGACCCGGAGCGGCGCCGACGAAGCAGAACCAGAACAAAGAGCAGGUGGAGAGGAAGAACCAGGCCAUCGUCCAGCUGAGGAGGCUUCUGGUCCAGGGGAACCGCAAGGUGGAGGCGCUGGCCGCGGUCAUCCAGCACCUGUUCUCUGAGCGAGAGGAAACCUUGAAGAAGAAGAAAGAUCUGUCGUCAGAGCUGGAAAAGCUCAGAGCAGAGCUCGCGGCGGCGGCGCGGCGCUGCCAGAACCUGCAGGCGCAGAGGGAGGAGCUGCGGUCCACCCUGGAGGAGGCGCUGAGGAGGGCGCAGGAGCAGCACCAGGAGGAGCUGGUUCAGCUGGAGAACAGGUUGAAAAGUUUCUACCAGGCCGAGUGGGACAAAGUCCACCAGCUGUACCAGGAGGAGGCCGAUAAAUGCCGACUGCUGAUGGAGCAGCAGGUGGAGGAGCUGAGGAGCCGACAGGAAGUAGAGAAGAAGAAACAGGAAGAGAGUCACAGCCAGAAGAUGGAGGCGGUGAAACAGGAGUACGACACUUCCAUACAAGAGCUGAGGAGAGUCCAGGUGACUGAACUGGAGGAUCUGCAGAAAACGCUGAAGGAAACCGAAACGUCGCUCGCUGAGAAAAUCUCGCUGCUGUCGGCUGAAAACGACGAUCUGAGCCAGAAACUGAGAGCAGAAGAAGAGAGGCGGCAACGAAUCCUGAGCGACAAAAGUCUGAAGGAUUCCCACACGCUGUACCUGGAGCAGGAGCUGGACAGCCUCAAGGUGGUGCUGGAGAUCAAGAACCAGCAGCUGCACCAGAAGGAGAAGAAGCUGAUGGAGAUGGACAAGCUGGUGGAGACGAACGUCCGGCUGGAGGAGUGUCUGACGAAGGUGCAGCAGGAGAACGAGGACUACAAGGCCAGGAUGCACAAACACGCGGCUCUUUCAAAGCAGCUGUCCACAGAGCAGGCCAUCCUGCAGCAGACCCUGCAGAAGGAGUCAAAGGUCAACAAGCGUCUGUCCAUGGAGAACGAGGAGCUGCUGUGGAAGCUGCAUAACGGCGACCUGCUGGGCAGCCCGCGCCGCCUGACGCCCCCCUCGCCCUGCGGCAACGGAGACUCCGCCCACUUCCCCACAGCCGCGCCCGUGUCUCCCAGAUAACCCGGCGCCGGCCGCUGAUGGACGUGCGGCCGGCCGGGCGGCGGCGGCCGGGCCCUGUUCGGGAGCAGCGGGAACGCCGGACGGAUUUUUCCUCCUUUAAGGAUUUGACUUGUUCUCCCAAAGAGCGACGCUCAAUCAGAACCGCGACCCGAUCCGACCCGGUGGACCUCCGUGGAAACCUUUAGACUGUAAUGUAAAAGGCUCCGACGCCUCGGAGCAAAAUAUGCAGAUUAUUUAACAGGAAAUGUUUGUUUUCCUCCAGAACCAGAACUGGAAGAAUAAUUUAUCCGUUCAUGUCUCAUGAAGUCUGUUGUUGUUUGUCCUGAAGAACCUCAGAUUUAUCCAGAAUGCCUCAUUGUUCUGCCUCAGAAUAAAAUCACUAUGACAUCA